GUAAUGGUGCUUUGAGGCAAAGCAUAACUACGUUGUGGCCCACAACAAAAAAAGUCUUUGGCACCCCUGUUCUACGAUAUUAUGCCGAAACUGAACAUUGUUAUAUUUAUUUUUGGACCUUAGGUAUCGUGGAGACUGGGGUAAAGUGAGACAUUUUUUACACAUGCUGUCCCAUAGGAGAGCUAAGAUGUUGAAGUAAAAUGUGCACAUUUCCCAUGAAUUCAAGAUGUUUCCCAACAAUCCAAAUGAUCAGAAUGUAUUCAGGACAAAGGGGCUGUGAUUGGCUGACGACCAGUUCAGGGUGUACCCCGCAUCAGCUGGGAGAGGCUCCAGCACCCCCGCGACCCUAGUGAGGAUAAGCUUUGAGGAAAAUGGACGGAUGGAUGGGCAGUGAAAAUAUGAAUGUUUAACAAAAAAAGUUCUCUUGUGUACACUCCGAACUGGUCGCCAGCCAAUCGCAGGGCACGUAGAAUCAAACAACCAUUCGCUCUCACAUUCACACCUACGGGCAAUUUAGAGUUUUCAAUCAACCCGCCAUGCAUGUUUUUGGGAUGUGGGAGGAAAGCGGAGUACCCGGAGAAAACCCACGCAGGCACGGGGAGAACAUGCAAAGUCCACACAGGCGUGGCCGGGUUUUGAACCCCGGUCCUCAGAACAGUGAGGCAGAUGUGCAAACCAGUCGUCCACCGUUCCACCCCCCUGAACAAGAUAGAUCUACCAAAUACAACAUAAUUUAAUUCAAAAUGUCGUCAGAACACAGGACGAUGAGAGCCAGUCAGUCCACAGUACGGAGGUCAGAACAUAGGAAACUAAUUAGAGCCAGCUAAUGCAGUUUGGGGCUCAGAACAUAGGACCAUCAGAACCAACUUGAACAGCCUGAGGCUCAGAACAGGUUAGAUUAAAACGAGGCCUAUCCCUCAUUCCGGCCUUGAAGGUUGCAAGGAAAGAUAAAGACUUGUACUCUCCGUGUGGUUCCUCCUGGUCUUUUAGGAUCUUGGCCUUCUUCACCACAUCUCUCUUGGGGACAUCUGUCGCAUCAUUUUCCUUGAAAGCAAACCUGGGUCUCUUCCACGUUUUCCCAGUCCCCCGCACUGUACACGUCUAUUGUGAUCCACAACUUUCUCAGCCAUGCCAUGUGUUUUGUCGGAAAAUUAACCAAAUUGAAUGCACCCACGAACAGAUGUGUGUUUCCUGGUUGACUUGUCUCACCCUUGAAGAAGUUGGAGCUGUGCAUUAUCAAGAAAACUUACUUUUACAUGAAAACAACACAUUUCUGUGAAGAAAACAUUCUUACCACAGGUUCUUCAUGGCUAAGAUGAAAUGGGAGGGGCUUAGAAAAUGUGGUCACAUGACCACACAUUGGUUUCGUUGGCUCGAUACAGGGGGUGUCUCCCAUUGCCCCGUUCUCCCCUAUCAGAGAUGCUAUAUGUCACAGAUGUCAAACUCAAGGCCCGGGGGCCAGAUCUGGCCAGCCAAAUGGUUUUAUGUGGCUCUUGAAAGCAAUUGACGUGCAUCAACUUCAUGUUUCUUGCUAAUAUACCAAAUUUGUCUUGAAAUGGUCUUCACUUUUAAUAACGUUGAGAUAUUGCAAGCAUUCAAUACAUUCAAAACACUUUUUUUUUUUUUUUUUUUUUUAACUGGCUUCCGAUUUCAAAACUAGUUAUCCAUGAAUUUGUUGUGUUGUCUUUUGAGGAUAGAUUUAUGUGGGGUCAUAGUCAUAACAACCCUCCUAGAGAAACCAAAACUACAACGUAGCCCGCGACAAAAAAAUGAGUUUGACACCCCUGCAUAUUUGUAUUUUCUUUCAUUUUGCUUCAUUUUACUUUGCUGUCUACAGCCACGUUGGCAUUGCCAAUGAGAAUCUGUUCUCAAUUGCCUUACCGGGAUAGAUGGAUGGAUGGAUGGAUGGAUGGAUGGAUAGACAGAUAAAGUUGUGGCCUUGCAGAGUAUCUUCAAACCAGUGGAUUGGAAGAAUUGUAUUAAUGAAUGACAGAUGGACCGUGCCAUUCAGCAAUGGACGUCAGAACCAGAACCAGAGUGGCCAUCAAGAAGCUGUAUCGGCCAUUCCAGUCCGAGCUGUUCGCCAAACGGGCCUACAGGGAGCUGAGGCUCCUCAAACACAUGAAGCAUGAAAAUGUGAUCGGUCUCUUAGAUGUGUUCACGGCGGACCUCUCGUUGGAUAAAUUGAAUGAUUUUUACCUUGUGAUGCCGUUCAUGGGGACGGACCUGGGCAAACUGAUGAAGCUGCAGAGGCUGUCUGAAGAAAAAAUCCAGUAUUUGGUCUAUCAGAUCCUCAAAGGGCUCAAGUAUAUUCAUUCUGCUGGUAUCAUUCACAGGGACCUCAAACCAGGAAAUCUUGCUAUUAACCAAGAUUGUGAGCUCAAGAUCUUGGACUUUGGUUUGGCACGUCAGGCUGACAGUGAGAUGACAGGCUACGUGGUGACUCGGUGGUACAGAGCCCCAGAGGUCAUCUUGAGCUGGAUGCACUACAGCCAGACCGUGGAUAUUUGGUCAGUAGGCUGCAUCAUGGCAGAGAUGCUACAAGGGAAACCUCUUUUCAAAGGCAGCGACCACCUUAAUCAGCUGACUGAGAUCAUGAAGAUCACAGGAACACCAACUCAGGAAUUUAUAGCAGAACUACAAUCAGAUGACGCCAAAAGCUACAUCCAAAGUCUCAAAAAAGUGGAAAAGAAAGACCUUCACAAAGUGUUCUCCAAUGCCAAUCCACAAGCUGUGUCAGCGUUGGAGCAUAUGUUAUUACUGGAGCCGGAAAGCAGGGCAACAGCGGCAGAUGCCCUCUUGCUGCCGUACUUCACGGAGUUUCGGGAACCCGAGGAGGAGACGGAAGCUCAGCCGUACGACCACUCGCUGGACAACACGGAGCUGCCCCUGGAGCAGUGGAAACGUCACACCUUCACAGAGAUCUUAACCUUCAAUCCUGUUGUGCCAGAAUCCAAGGAAACAUCUCUGUAAGACACUGGUUGCCCACAUUUGAUUGUUUUUUUUUCCCCCUCAAGAAAUAAGAAAGGUCUUCACGAUGUUAUCAAGGGUUCAAGCUUGUCCUUUUGACUUACUAGCCAUUGUUUGCUUGAAGUUGUGCAGGACCUCUGGUACUUCAAUUUCAUACAAAAUCUGUAGAUAUUUUAACUUAAGACAAUCAAAUGACUGCAUUUUGCGCUUUUGUUUCUCAAAUGCCAGGAAGCGAUCAGUUAGAGUGGUACGUAUGAGACCAGAUCAACACAAAGUACUGUACAUGGAAGAAAAUAGUAAUUAGUUAUGAUGAUAGAUUUUUUAACCUUAUCCCUAUUAGAGUCAUAGUUGGGUUAAAGUCUGUUUUCCUUGUGAUGAGCUUUAUGAGAUAUUUAAUGUAACCAUCUGCAUUAUCUUGCAUUCCCUAGAGAUGAUGUGUUGCCUUGUUGUGAUAAUAAUACAGUAUUUUAUUUUAUGUUCGUGGAAGAUUCAUUUGGCCGCGUUUUGGGUGUGACCUUGUUCAUUCCGUUGUCCUCCGUAUUGCCAGCCAAUGUUAUCCCACUUUCAUUAACCCAUUCAGAUGUUGUUUACACUCGUUUACAAAUGCAUUUGCAAAACUAGUCACGCAUUUUGAAUUGUCUCUCGGAGAAUCCGAAGCAAAGUUCGCCAAACUUGUGUAUUGUUUUUAUACAAACACAUAAACUUGUGGUUUAGGAUCAGCAGAACAGACACACUGAAGCACACUUCACAGAAAUACAAAGAGAAAUACAGUCAAUGCUAACAAAGCACAAAGGCGUGCAAUGUGCAUGCAGGGCUGCGUGGUUUUCUUAAUAAAAGAAAUACACCAGU